AUGCAAUUUCCAGACGAUAAAUAUAUUCAACGAGAGUUUGAUAGUAUUGAUAAAGGUAAAACAGGAAGAAUUUCAACGGCUGAUUUUCGAAGUUUAGUCUUUGAUAAUGAAUCAUUACAAGGUUUUCGUAGUGCAGCAAUUGAUAAAUAUAUUUCUGAAUUAAGCGACAAUACAGGAUGGAUUACAUUUGAACAAUUUAAAAAAUUUAUGCGAGCAGAAACGUCAAAUUUUGAUAAUCCAAUUGUUAUUGCAGAAUUAAAGGAAGCGUUUAAUGAAGUUGAUAGUAAUAAAGAUGGUCUUAUAUCACAACGAGAAGCACGACAUGGUAUUACAUUAUGCGGUGAACGAAUACCGGGAUUUUGUUUUGAUGAUAUGCGUGAACGAUUUGAUGAUAAUGGUGAUGGACUAUUGUCUUUCGAUGAAUUCUUGAAUAAUCUUAAGAAAACUGUUCAGGACUAA